AUGACAUUGACCUUUAAAGAUUUCAUUGCUGGCUGGGGAGCUGGUGUAUGUGGAAUACUAGUAGGUCAUCCCGCAGAUACUGUGAAGGUGAGGCAACAAGUCUUGAGAAGAGCAGGUAUUUUCAAAAUAUUAAUAAAAACAGUGAAAAAUGAAGGUGUAUUGGGUCUGUACCGAGGAAUGUCAUUCCCUCUUUUACUUGCUGGAGUGCAAAAUUCAGUGUUUUUUGGUGUGUAUGGAAACACACUGAGAGUUUUACAAAAUGUUCAAGGUGCAGAUGUUAACCGAAGAUCAUGUGGUGAAGGAUCACGUCCCAAUAGACAUUGGCAUAUAAAUGUUUAUUUUGCAGGGUUUAUUGCAGGAUUUGUUCAUACUUUUCUAGCAUGCCCUGUAGAGCUAAUAAAAAUAAAAAUUCAAGCAUCAGGUGAUCUUACAAAGGAUGAAAGACACCGUAUGAAGGAAUGCAUCAGAAAAAUUUAUCAACAUUCUGGACUUCGUGGCUUUUAUCGUGGAUUUGUAGCUACCCUUUACAGAGAUGUUCCAUCAUAUGGAUUGUAUGUUUUAUUCUAUGAACAUCUUUUAAAAAUUGGGCGUGAUCCCAGUGACAGAAGAAGUGAAUAUUCUAUAUUCCAACAACUUUUUGCAGGAGGUUUAGCAGGAACCAUUACAUGGGUUUCUGUAACCCCCUUUGAUGUACUCAAAUCACGAAUACAGGCAGAUGAUGUCAUCAGGCCCAAAUAUAAAGGAUUAACGGAUUGUAUAAUAAAAAGUUAUAAAGCAGAUGGAUUUCAUGUGUUUGGAAGAGGAUUUUGGGUUCAUGUAAUAAGAGGAUUUCCUGUAAAUGCUGCCACAUUUGUUGGUUAUGAGUGGUGCCUAAAAGUGUAUAAGCAUUUAGAAUAA